AGUAGCUUGUGAGGGAUCGGUUACCGCUAAUUGUACCUAUACAUAGUUAUUUUCGCGGACUAUAAUACAGUGUGUGUGCAACUAUGAAGUUACUCGUUUGUGUUUCUGUGCUAGGGCUGAUGUUGCAGCAGUUUUACUGCGCACCGUUGACGGACUAUGAAGGAAACGGCGAAAACAGAGGAUAUGAAAUGGAAAACAGUUCUACAAACAGCUGGAAUUACGGCUUAGGAGGACGUUUCAAUGUCGGAGUCGAAGGAGGAUGGAAAGACGGACAAGGAUUCCUUGGAACCAAAAAUGAUGUGGGAAUUGACGUCUACGGCAGAACAACUACGGGUAACAAGAAAUAUUGGAAUCCUGUUCCUUCUCAUCAAGGAUGGAACAGCCCUUGGCAUGGAUCUUAUGCUUCACAGUAUGGCCAAGGAUAUCAGUAUGGCCCAUCAUCUGGUUCUUAUUAUGGUCCACCAUCAGGUCCUCAGUAUGGCCCACCGCCUGCACCUCAGUAUGGGCCUCAAUAUGGCCCACCACCUGCUUCUCCAUAUGGCCCACCACAGCGGCCCGAAAAUGGUCCACAAGGCGCAUCGCAGAACGGGCCACCACCUGGUUCAAAAAAUGGACCAACUGGACGUGGUCCCCAGUAAUGAUCGCCAGUCUUAAGAGACAAAUACGUGCUCUUUGCACCAUGUCAUGUAUGUAUAGAAUAAUAAGUAAUUAAGUAUGUAGAUACAAUCCGUCUUACCACAAAAACUUUUUAA